AUGAACGCCUGCCUUCGGUGUAAGGCCUGUAGCCGGCACGUCCCCCUGCACGUGGCAGAGUCGGUGCUGAAUGAAUGUUCUGGAAACAACCAGCACGUGGACGAAGAGGUGAGUGAGCCAAUAGGCACUUACCCCAUUUCCCACACGGUCGCCACCUGCUCUGUCCACUUCAGUAGCCAGAGCCACGUGUGGCUGUUCAAACGUAAACAUGUCAAGUGCUUGGUGGCCCCUGUGCUGGUGGCUGAUCAUGGAGACAUUUCAAGAGACACUCAAGGAACUUCUGAGGACGGAGUGGUUUUCCAGAAAUGUGCAGUGGUGUCGGGGCCGAGCGUGGCGCAGACGGCCCAGGUGCAUCUGCUGGUGAACAACACCGCGGCGCCAGGGGCCGCCGACCUGUCGGAUCUGCUUUUGCUCGACAACAUCACCGGCCUCGCCGUCAGGGAGUCGGCGGGAAACAAGACGUCGGCAGGGCUGCAGGCCUUCAGGCGGCGGUUUCUGCAAGUCGGAGACUCCUUCUCAGUCAGCUACACAGCCUCGCUGGAGGCCGGGGACCUUGGGCGUGGAGAGGUCCUGGUGCUGCCGGCUCUGCUCACCUUCCAGAGCGCCUCCGUGAACAGGACACAGCUGAAAGCCCUGCUCACCAUCACAGCAGAGGAAACAGUAACGGUGCUACCAAACCAUGGCCUUCACGCAGCCGGGUUCUUCGUGGCCUUCAUCGUCUCCCUUGUGCUGACCUGGGUCACACUUUUCUUCAUGGUUCGCUAUCAGUGUUUCAAGAGAAGCAUGUUCACCAGGUAUCAGGUUGGAGAUUGCAACCCUGAAUCGGGCCGACUCAGAUCUGGAGGCUUGUCGGACCCAAAUCAGCAAGGACGUCAUCGCCCUUCUGCUGAGAGAUCUGAGCAGCAGGGGCCACCUCGCCCCUCAGGUGGAGAGGAGGAUGGGCGCCGCUUUUGUAAUGGAACACUCCCGACCUUUGUGUCUCCCAGGUUGGAGAUUGCAACCCUGAAUCGGGCCGACUCAGAUCUGGAGGCUUGUCGGACCCAGAUCAGCAAGGACGUCAUCGCCCUUCUGCUGAGAGAUCUGAGCAGCAGGGGCCACCUCGCCCCUCAGGUGGAGAGGAGGAUGGGCGCCGCUUUUAAAAAGCAGUUUCUGAUGCUGGAGAAAGAAAUACAAGAGGAGUAUGAUCGGAAGAUGGUGGCUCUGACGGCUGAAUGCGACCUGGAAACAAGAAAAAAGACGGAAAACCAGUUCCAGAGGGAGGCAGCGGCGAUGGAGGAGGCAGAAGAACUGCUGAAGCAUGUUAGCGAGAGGUCGGCGGGCGAGUGCAGCAGCCUCCUGCGGACCCUGCACGGCCUGGAGCAGGAGCAGCUGCGGCGCUCCCUGGCUCUGCAGCAGGAGGAGGACUUCGCCAAGGCGCACAGGCAGCUGGCCGUCUUCCAGAGGAGCGAGCUGCACGGUAUCUUCUUCGCCCAGAUCAAAAGUGCUAUUUUCAAAGGAGACCUGCAGCCAGAGGCCGCCAAAAUGCUGCUGCAAGAUUACUCCAGAAUACAGGAGGAAGUGGAAGAGUUGAUGGACUUUUUCCAGGCCAGUAAGAGGUACCACCUGAGCAAGAGAUUCGGCCACAGGGAGUACCUGGUGCAGAACAUGCAGUCGGCGGAGACCCGUGCGCAGGGCCUGCUGAGCGCCGCCGCUGCCCAGCUGACCCUCCUCAUCCAGAAACACGAGAGAGCAGGGUACCUGGAUGAAGAGCAGACGGAGGAGCUGAUGGAACGGGCUCAGACGGAAGUCUUCUCCAUUAAACAGAAGUUGGACAACGACCUAAAGCAGGAAAAGAAAAAGCUCCACCAAAAAUUAAUAGUUAAGAGAAGACGAGAGAUGCUGCAAAAGCACAAGGAGCAGCGCAGGGAGCAGCUGUCCGUCGGGGAAGCCUUCCGAGCGGCCGAGGACGUGGGCCAGUACCUGGGCCAGGGGCUGAGCCUGAGGCUCAAGGACGACGCGCUGGAGGCCUCGGCGGAGGAGCAGGCGGAGCUGCGGCACUGGGGGCGCUGGAUCUUCCUGAGGCUCUGCGGCUCCCCCUUCUCCCUGUCCGAGGAGGAGCUGCUCCGGAUGCGGCAGGACGUGCACAGCUGCUUCGCUCAGAUGGACAGGAGCCUGGCCCUGCCCCGAAUCCGGGCCCGCGUCCUGCUGCAGCGGCUGCACACGGCCUGGCGGGAGGCAGAGUUCCUGAAGCUGGACCAGGCCCUGGCUGCCCCAGAGCUGCAGCCACAGGCCAAGGCGAGGAAGCCUCGCGCCAAGAGUAAAAGCAAGACCGACCUUCUGAGGAAGUGCAUUGAAGAUAAAAUCCAGCUCUUUGAUGGCCCGGCCCCGGAGGACCUGCUGGAAAAGGUCAGUGCUCCCCCUCGCCUGCUGCCCGUGGCACUGGGCAGGGCCGGCGGCUGUCCGCAGGGCGCACGGAGCCCUCGGCUGCGACUAUCCACGCCCUUGGUGUGUUCACGGUUUCAGAGAGCGGCCACUGUGCGCCUCGGCGUCUUGGAGUUCACAUCCGCCGUCAGACGUCCCAUCCGCCUGGCCGACCUGAGGCCUUCCCUGAACGAAUGUGACCUGGGGAGUCUGCCCGUAUCCCACAGCUUUCUGCAGCGAGGCUCGCAGAGCAGCUAUUGCUGCGUCCACUUCACAGCUGGGAACACUGAGGCCCGGAGAGGCCUGGCCACGGCCACGCAGCUGGCGGGCGGAGGGGCCGACAGGCAGUGGGCCGUCUCGCACCCAGAGCGCCUGGCUCCAGUGGCUAAGGGUGCAGCCCCCUUCUGUGUGGUCAGUGAGAGGCAGGGCGGCCUGGUGGUGAAGGACACAAACCUGGAGCCACCUCUGGCCUCCGAUUCUACUCUGACACUGAAGGUCCAUGACCUGGCAGAUGACGGGAGCUCUCGGGGCCUCAGUGGCCUCGGCAGCCUCAUCGCACUGUUUGCUAGGGCUGGAUGGGGAGGCCCAGCAGGUGGGGUUUUCUCCGGUCCUCCCCCCCUGCCCCCCCCCCCACUGCGUUGUGCUCACCACCUGCCCCUCUGCCUGCAGGAGCUCCAGGAGCUGGAGAGGAAGCUGGAGGAGGAGCUGGCCCACCAGGAGGCGGCCCAACGGCAGCGGGCCCUGGCCGGGCGGCAGCAGUGGGCAGAGGACGGGCCCGGGCUCCUGACCGAGCCUGAGGACGCGGAUUCCAAAGGGCAGGUCUCCGCGGCACUGCGGCGGGCCCUGGGCCGGAGCCAGGAGCUCCUGGAGCGCCAGCAGCAGAGCCUGCGGGAGGAGCAGGAGCGCAGCGUCAUGCUCGAAGACCUGCUGGAGCGCAUGGAGGCGGACGCCUUCAUGGGCCUGUACAGCCAGGAGCUGCGGCUGGCCUCGUACCUGUCCAAGCUGACGAUGGUGCCCGCGGGCACGCUGCGCCGCCUCCUGAGCGUGGCUCUGCCCGCAGCCCCACAGCCUGAGCUGCUGGCCUUGCUGGAGUCGCUCAGCCAGAAGCAGCCGGACCCUGCGGCGGAGCAUGAUGGUGGCGGGGAGCAGGCCGACCUGGACCGGAGGGGGAAGCACCAGGGCUGGUGGCAGGCCUUGGAAAGCAGGCUGCGCGGAGAACUGAGAAGCAGCGGCCUGGACAAGAUGCUGUGGGCGCGCCGGAGGAAGGAGAGCAUACUGAGGAAGACGUGCCCCCCUCUCAGAGAGCGGACGGUGUGCUCAGGGAAAGGGGGCUGGCCACACCUGUCCCUGGAGUCCAGCGGCGACCUGGUGCCCGUGCCCAUCGUCGGGGCAGAAGCCAUUGAUUUAUUGAACACGGGCGAGAAGCUCUUUAUAUUCAGAAAUCCCGCGGAGCCGGAGGUCUCGCUGCGCGUUCCUCCCAGGAAGAAGAAGAACUUCCUGAAUGCCAAGAAGGCCGCCUGGGCCGCGGGCGUGGACUAGCCAGCAGGAAGGCGCCAGGGACUGAAGACGGGACGACGUGCUUUCUCCUGCCCACCUGUGUGGCUAUAGGGCACAAUCUGCAAAUGUCAACUGCAGGUGGCAGACACAGACACCCCGACAAACCCCGACUUUCAGGGACCCAGUUUGCUCUGUUCUCAUGAAUUCCAAGAGGGCCCGUUCUCUUUGGAGGGACGUGAUGAGAGGGGACCAGCCGUGAGCACUCGGUCCCCGCACCCCGAGGGCCUGCGGUGACCAGCCCCCUUGCACGUCCCCCAGUGUCCGGCUGCGGAAAGGGCUGGGUAUGGAAGGCAAGGCUCUCUCUUCUUACAUAUUCUGUGUUUGUCAAGGGAAUUUUCAAGAAUAAAUGUAUUUUACACAAA